AUGGCUGCUGGUGACUCUGGCAUUGGUUCAGUUCUGGAACGUUUCAUGCGCGAAUUCGAUUGCAGUCCGGCUGAUCGAGAUGAUAUCUGCACGCUUCUCACUCAUGAGGAUAGUCGUCCACCCAAAAUCGAUGAAGCAGACGAGAUUCGUUUUAUACAGCGAAAGAUUGUCAGUGACGAAGAGCUACUCAGGAAUGUGCUGUUAGCAUUGCAAGGUUCCGAAGGUCAUUACUUUGUGCAUCAGUCCAACUGUGAGCACCGGAAGCUAUGCUUGAGCAAUGCAUUUCAUCUGGACAAUAUCUACAGAUCAUGCUUGCUACAGCUGCUAACAAUCGCAAAUGCCUACUUGUUUCUUCAGUACGAAUGUAAAAAACCGAAAUCGGAUAUGCUUAUUCGGGCCUUUGAUACUGGCUUAUCGGAAGUGUUGGAUCGCUACUUGGCGAAAGUGGUCAGUUUCUACACUCAGAUCACUUAUAUGCUGAGCUAUUUUUCGAUAGUCGUUACUGCAGCCUCUUUUGAGAGUGAGAAUUUGAGCAUUUUAUUGCAACCAAUGUUAUACAUUCUACACGAAUGCCUCGCUACCUGGCUUCUUAAAGGCAAACUGAGCGACUUCGAAUUUGAGUGGAUGAUUGAGAAAAUAGCAGAUCAGUGGUAUGAAAACAGCUGGAAGGACGAAUAUAGAAUUGUGAGCACAGCAAUCCCAAUUGUACUGGAAUUGUCUGAAAAAAUCGUAGAAAAGAUUCUUUUCAUUGGGAAGACUGUCAAUUUGCUGUUCACGCUGGGCUUGGAAAACGAUUGUCGAGAUGAGAUGAAGCGGAUUUUUUCAUCAGUUGAUUCAUCAAAGUGUUAUUUGGAUAUUUUGCAUUUCGAUGAAUUGCGCUGUGCGGUUGACAAACUGCUCAUCUGUGCCAAAGAUCUGAUCGCCCGCAAAAUUAUCAAGAAAUAUGGCGUGUUCGAGCACAUCCGAACGGUUCAGGAGCUUUACCUGUUGGGCGAUGAAUGCUUUGCACAUAUCUUCUACGGCAAACUAAAAGCAGAAGUUGGCAAUUUAGGAUUUUGCGUAUUGGAUUCGUUGCGGACUUCUCGAGCAUUCCAAUUAGCAGCGGAAGAGUACUGCUUUUGGCCGCACGAAAUAACGGAAUUUAUGAAAAUUGACGCAACAUGUGGUUUGAUGGUGAAAUACGAAAAUGAUGACAUAUCCUGUCUGAUCCCCAGUCCACGUGAUCCGGACAGCAGCCCAACAAUUCACUUAUUCGCAUUAAAACGAUACCAAAAAGCAUUCGCAUUUAUAUGGUUGGUGACUUGCACGGAUUUUGAGUUGACUGAUGCUAUGCAUGAGUUUUAUUCGUUAAAAAAGGACUCCAAAACAGAUACAAAGCAAAUUCUGAAAUUAUUUUCUGCUGCAUUCUCCCGGAUGUGUGACGUUUUGAAGGAACUUCGGAGGUAUAUUUGCUACACCAACACUUUAAUUCGCCUCACAAUCCACCUUUUUCAGGUUACACUGCCUUUGCAGGCAAAAUUUUCCCAAGAAAUUGACGGUAUUUAUGGCGAUAUCGAUGCCAUUAUAGAAACAUUGCGUAAUCUGUUUUACGCACUUUUCACGCUAAUCAUGGAAUUACUGGACUGUUGGUCAUGCUUCCGUCUGGAUGCGAACGAUGUAAGUGAAGCACGAAAACGUUUUAAUGGAUACCAGAAGGCUGUGAUUGUGGAGGAUUUACAAGACGUACACUAUUUUGAGCGAGAAGAGGAGCGAAUUCAUUUGGAAGAGCUUCAGCAAUGCUUAAUGGAUUGCUAUCGACCAAAAAUCGGGAUGAUUAAAUCCAAAUUUGCGCUUCUUAUGCGGGACAUACUGAAGGUUUUAGCGAAGCCAGCAUACUCCAAAUAUCGAUUGUUCCUCAGUGUGCCAGCUGGAUCUUUUUGA